AUAAGAAUUGUUCUUUGAGAUUUGAUCUUCUUCAAAUUUCCUUUCUUCUUUUUUAAUUCAUUUCUUGACAAAAAAUAAUUGUCCUAAUAAUAUAUAGAGAAUGGCGAUAGGGGAAAUGAAAGUGUUGAACGCGCUUGAUCAGGCCAAGACGCAAUGGUACCACUUCACGGCGAUCAUUAUCGCCGGAAUGGGGUUCUUCACCGACGCCUACGAUCUCUUCUGCAUCUCCCUCGUCACCAAACUGCUCGGCCGGAUUUACUACCACGUCCCCGGCUCCCCCAAGCCCGGCAGCCUCCCGCCCAACGUGGCGUCCGCUGUCAACGGCGUCGCCUUCUGCGGGACCCUCGCCGGGCAACUCUUCUUCGGCUGGCUCGGGGACCGGCUCGGGCGGAAGAAGGUGUACGGGAUCACGCUGAUGCUCAUGUGCGGGUGCUCGGUCGCCUCCGGGCUGUCGUUCGGGCGGAGCCCGAGCUCUGUCAUGGCCACGUUGUGCUUCUUCCGGUUCUGGCUCGGGUUCGGGAUCGGGGGAGACUACCCCCUCUCCGCCACCAUCAUGUCGGAGUACGCCAACAAGAAGACCCGCGGCGCGUUCAUCGCCGCCGUCUUCGCCAUGCAGGGCUUCGGGAUCCUGGCAGGCGGGAUCUUCGCGAUCCUCGUCUCCGCCGCUUUCGAGGCGAGUUACCACGCCCCGCCCUACGAGGUCGACCCCGUGGGGUCGACCGUCCCCCAGGCAGACUACGUCUGGAGGAUCAUCCUCAUGGCGGGGGCGCUCCCCGCCCUCCUGACCUGGUACUGGAGGACCAAGAUGCCGGAGACCGCGCGGUACACCGCGCUGGUCGCCAACAACGUGAAGCAGGCGACGGCGGACAUGUCGAAGGUGAUGCAGGUGGACCUCGAGGCGGAGGGAAAGGAAAUGGUCGGGCAGGUGGACCCCGGGCAGCAGCCGAAAACCGCCGACACGUUUGGGCUGUUCUCGAAGGAAUUCGGCCGGCGCCACGGGCUCCACCUGCUCGGGACGACGACGACGUGGUUCUUGCUGGACAUAGCGUACUACAGCCAGAACCUGUUCCAGAAGGACAUCUUCAGUGCGGUGGGGUGGAUCCCGGCGGCGAAGACGAUGAGCGCCACCCAGGAAGUGUUCAAGAUCGCCAAGGCACAAACCCUAAUAGCCCUAAUGAGCACAGUUCCAGGGUACUGGUUCACAGUCUUACUGAUCGACAAAAUGGGGAGAUUUGCCAUACAGCUUAUGGGGUUCUUCAUGAUGACGGCCUUCAUGUUUGCCCUGGCCAUACCCUACGACCACUGGACCCACCCCGGGCACCACAUCGGCUUCGUGGUCCUCUACUCGCUGACAUUCUUCUUCGCCAACUUCGGGCCGAACGCGACGACGUUCGUGGUCCCCGCGGAGAUCUUCCCGGCGAGGCUGAGGUCCACGUGCCACGGGAUCUCGGCCGCGUCCGGGAAGCUGGGGGCCAUGGUGGGCGCGUUCGGGUUCCUGUACCUGGCGCAGCCGCGGGACAAGGCGAAGGCGGACGCGGGGUAUCCGGCGGGGAUAGGGGUGAGGAACUCACUCAUUGUGUUGGGGGUGGUGAACCUCAUGGGGAUGAUGUUCACGUUCUUGGUUCCAGAAUCAAAGGGGAAAUCUCUUGAAGAAGUUUCUAGAGAGAAUGAAGGGUUGGCUUAGCUUUUGAUUUGGUUUGAUUUUCCCAUAGUUAUUUCUAUUAUCAUCCCAAUCAUAGUUUGUAUGCAUGCUACUUCCUUAAUUUGGAUUAGCAUUUGUGUUUUCUUGAAGAUGCAUGCAAUUAUGAUUUGUAUUCAAUUCAGAUGGUUGACAAAUGACAAUAAGAUGAGAAUUUAGUAUGCUAUCAUAUACGUAGUAUAUAUGAUGAUGAAGUGAUAGGAAAAGAAGCAAGAAAUUUGGAUGUUUGUA